UGCCAGAUGCGAUUGCAAUCGUCAUGAAGAAUUUUUGAAAUACGAUCAUACGGAAAAAAAGAAAGGGACGUGUAGUCAAACAUAAGUAAACCAUUGAGCUCGGCGUCGAAUUAAGUGACGAAAUUUGAUAUCUAGGAUCCGCCUCUUCGUUUGUUUCGCUUCUUAAGAAAGAGGAAUUGUUCCACAUUGAAGGUUAUUUUCCCCCAUGCAGAGGUUAUAUAUUUAUAAGAGGACCGUCUUGAGUUGCUUAACACUUAAAACACUUCACCCAUGCUGACACUUGAGCUGAACGAGGGAAAUUAGAUCUUCACAAUUCAUAUUGAGGGGAAAAAACACACGAAGGCAGGGAAAUAUAUGGAACUGAUGAAACUCAUAUUGUUGAUCUUUUUCUGCAUGUGGUUCAAUGGCCAAUGUGCAGGCACUGCAUAUCCACACAAGUCAAAAUGUACAAUUAAGAAUACCAAUGCAGACUGUAGUCAUAUGAAUCUGGAUGCGGUUCCAAUGGACUUACCCAAAAACAUCACCAAAUUGGAUGUCUCUCACAAUAGAAUAAAAACUCUGUCUUCUCUGCAUUUGUACUCGGAUUUGAUAAAUAUAGAUGCCAGCUACAACUCUCUAACCGCCAUAGAAGAGGAUCUUUGUCUUUCUCUGCCACACCUUCACAGUCUUAAUGUGCAACACAAUGAAGUGCAUUUGAUAAGCGAGAAAGACCUGAAAAACUGUUUUCAUUUAACGCGACUUGACCUGUCUGACAAUAGACUGAAGCUAAACGGGGAACCCUUCUCUGUGCUAAAGAAUUUGACAUGGUUGGAUGUAUCUCGGAACAAACUUAAAUCGGCUAAACUGGGCACACAACCCCAGCUGCCAGACCUGGUGACCCUUGUUCUCUCUGGAAAUGAAAUUUCUGUACUGCAAAAAAACGACUUCUCAUUCCUCAGCAAUUCCUCUGCAUUUCGUGUUCUGAUACUCUCAUCUCUGUCUCUUAAAAAGGUAGAGAAAGGCUGUUUUCAGGCUAUUGCUAGACUUUCUGACUUAGUGCUAAGCUACAGCAAAUUCAGCACUCAGAUUACCACCAGUCUUUGUGAAGAACUUGCUGGCACAUCUUUGCAAAACCUUUCCCUUAAGAACACUCAACAGUUGAUCCUCUCAAACACAACUUUCCGAGGUCUAGACAUGACUAACAUCACAGUGCUCGACCUCAGCAGCAACGCAAUGACGGAGAUUGCUGAUGGCACCUUUCAGUGGUUUCCCAGACUGGAACGUUUAUCCCUGGAGUAUAACUCCCUUAAACACCUAACUAAGGACACCUUCCUUGGAUUGGGAAACCUGAGACAGCUUAACCUGCAGAAAGCACUAAUUAAAAGUCAUACUUCGUCCUUACCAGUUAUUGAAGACUUCUCUUUCCACCAUUUAGUCCAAUUAGAGCAUCUAUGCAUGGCACAUACUGAAUUCCGAGAGAUCACUGAUCAUAUCUUUUCUGGGCUUCUUCACUUGAAGACACUGGAUUUAAGUUGUAGCAUCACAGGGCUGAAGACAGUCACAAACACAACUUUUGCUGCUUUGCAAGAAUCUCCACACCUUCAAACCCUUAAUCUUACUGCCAUGGGUAUCAAGAAGUUGGCACCUGGGGCCUUUUCAAGUUUGGGCAACCUCAAUUCACUCCUACUUGGUCACAAUUACAUUAAUCAGCAGUUGAAAGGAGAUGAGUUAGAGGGCCUUUAUAACAUCAAAGAGAUUGACAUGUCUUUGAACCAGCAAAGUAUUUCCCUUAACAAUACGUCAUUCAUCCACGUCCCUACAUUAAGGACUCUAAGGUUUGGCAAUGCCCUAAAAGGGACUCUAGAUUUAGAACCAUCUCCGUUCAGGCCACUUGUCAACCUCACAAUUCUGGAUCUCAGUAAUAACAACAUCGCAAACAUAAAUGCUGGCUUGCUGAAAGGAUUGUACAAUCUGAAAGUGCUGAAAAUGCAGCACAACAAUUUGGCGAGAUUGUGGAAGACGGCCAACCCUGGUGGUCCGGUGUUGUUCCUGAAGGAUGCCAGAAAACUGUCUAUUCUGGAUCUGGAUUACAAUGGUUUAGAUGAGAUCCCGCCUAAUGCUCUGCGUGGCUUCUUUGAGUUAUAUGAGCUAAGUCUCCGUGGUAAUCUUUUGGAUCAGCUGCAUGCCUCUGUUUUUGAUGACCUACAAUCUUUAAAGUAUUUGCAUCUUCAAAAGAACCUUAUAACGUCUGUCGAACGUGUCACAUUUGGUGUGCCACUGUCCAACUUGACACAGCUCUACAUGGACCACAACCCCUUUGACUGCACCUGCGAGAGCAUCUUAUGGUUCUCUGAGUGGCUUAACUCCACCAAUGCCAGCGUUCCUGGGUUCCCUCAAAGUUACAUCUGUAACACCCCAAAUGGCUACUUUAACCGUUCUGUUAUGGACUUUGACCCAUUGUCCUGCAAGGAUAUGACACCUUUUAAGGCACUGUACAUUUUGAGUAGCACAGCAGUGUUAAUGUUGUUGUUCACUGCUUUCCUGGUACACUUCCAAGGAUGGAGAAUCCAGUUCUUCUGGAGCAUAAUGGUAAACCGUAUGUUGGGGUCAUUGAAGGACAAAAACAUUACUGAGGGUAGAUAUGCAUAUGACGCAUACAUCAUCCACAGUAGAAAGGACAGGCCAUGGGUGGAACGAAGCUUGCUUCCCUUAGAGGAUGAAAAAUUAAGUUUUUUUCUUGAAUACAGAGAUGCAAUACCUGGCUUUUCUCAACUUGACACCAUUGUUGAAAACAUGGGACAAUCCAGGAAAAUCAUUUUUAUUAUUACUGAAAUGCUUCUGAAGGAUCCGUGGUGCAGGCAAUUCAAAGCCCAUCAUGCACUUCACCAGGUGAUGGAGGACAAUCGUGACUCGCUGAUUCUGAUUUUUUUGCAAGAUGUAACUGAUUACAACCUGAACCGCACUCUACACCUUCGUCGUGGCAUGUUGAAACCACGCUGUGUUCUCUACUGGCCUUUACACAGGGAACGAAUCCCAGCUUUCCAUCAGAAACUUCGCUCAGCACUAGCUUCUACCAACAGGGUCAACUAGUAAUGCAUGUUUAUUUUGUGUUAGGUUCUCACUAUUUGUAUUUGUAUUGUCAUUUACAUUUCAAAAGAAUUUGCAGGAGGUAUUAGGUAGAUUGCUGCUCAACCCGACUGAAAUCCAGAGGCCUUUUAAGGAAAAAGCAAAAUGUGACCUGGUAAAUUAUUUUAAGCAAACAGAUUAAUUGACUCAGUCAAUUAUAUAAAUACAUAUAAACAGUCAGUAUGACCAUAACAGUUUAAUUUAAUUUCACAUUUAGCUGGCCACUGCCAUCAGGGACAAAUUUAAAAAGUAACCUUUGGAAAUGAAAUCCAAUAAGUUAUAUAUUAAUGUUCAAAAAAACAAACACACACAUUGUGUUUCCAUGUUUAUGAGGCGUCAUGUCUAAUUAUGAGGCAUAAUGGUUUUUAUAAUGUACGUACUGUAUGUAUUAUUGUUUUAGACCAUGUUAGAGUUAUGUAUUGACAUUAUGCAACUUUGAUCCUUCAGUUUCAGCUUCCAUCUGGUAUAACACGUCUAACCCCCCCUUUCUUGGCAUUCUUUGGCAUUUGUAUGGUACUGUUUGGUAUUUGUAUGGUAAUGGUACUACCUGAGAACAUAUACUUAGUGGAAACUUACGUUACACUUUGUCUGUUUUCUAAAGUCUGCAUUAAUGCUAAACAGUGCAAAUGUGUUUUACUUGAGUAUUUAACCAAUGGAUUUUUUUGUACAAUACAGCCAUCCAGUGGUCAUUUCUUUAACAAGAUUAGAACUAAUCUUAUUGCUUUUUUCACUGAAUAUUUAUUUGCAUCGUUUUUUUUAUUCCUUGAAAGUCUAAUGAACAUAUGGAGAUAUUUCCAAAAUUGACAACUCUCAUGGUUAUAAAAUAAAAUAAUAAAAAAGCA